GAAAAAGCCUUGUUCGAUCUACACUUCUCUUCUCUCUCUCCUCUACCUCUCUCUCGCAGGCAAGGUUGUUAAUGGCGGAAUCAUCCAAAGUCAUUCAUGUUCGCAAUGUUGGACAUGAGAUUUCUGAAAAUGAUUUGCUUCAGCUUUUCCAACCAUUUGGUGUCAUAACUAAGCUCGUCAUGCUCAGGGCAAAGAAUCAGGCUCUUCUCCAGAUGCAAGAUGUUUCUUCAGCAAUCACUGCUCUUCAGUUCUUCACGAAUGUGCAGCCAACCAUAAGAGGUAGGAAUGUGUAUAUCCAAUUUUCGUCUCACCAAGAAUUGACAACCGCAGAGCAGAAUAUUCAUGGACGUGAAGAUGAGGUUUGUAAUUCUUAUUAUCACUUAAAAUCUAAGAUGUAUGUUGGUGUCAUUUUCAAUUAUGUCAUCUUAACCUUUCUCUUCACUCUUCACUCUUCUUUUCUUUCUAUCUUUUUCUUUUUCUUAUCGUGGUGGGUGGUGCAGCCGAAUCGUAUUCUCUUGGUCACGGUCCAUCACAUGCUAUAUCCAAUUACUGUUGACGUCCUGCAUCAAGUUUUUUCUCCCUAUGGAUUUGUGGAGAAGAUUGUCACUUUCCAGAAGUCUGCUGGUUUUCAAGCUCUUAUACAGUAUCAGGCACAACAGUGUGCUGCCUCUGCUAGAACUGCUCUACAGGGUCGUAACAUAUAUGACGGGUGCUGUCAGUUGGAUAUCCAGUUCUCAAACCUUGAGGAGCUGCAAGUAAAUUACAACAACGAUCGAUCUAGGGAUUAUACAAAUCCAAACCUGCCAUCAGAGCAAAAAGGCCGUUUACCUCACCCUGGCUAUGGUGAUACAGGAGUGGCAUAUCCUCAGAUGGCAAACACAUCUGCGAUUGCAGCUGCCUUUGGCGGUGGCUUGCCUCCGGGUAUAACUGGCGCAAAUGAUAGGUGUACAAUCCUUGUCUCUAAUCUUAAUACAGAUAGCGUUGAUGAGGAUAAGCUGUUCAAUCUGUUUUCUCUUUACGGAAACAUUGUGAGGAUAAAGCUUCUUCGAAACAAACCUGACCAUGCCCUUGUCCAAAUGGGAGAUGGUUUCCAGGCUGAACUUGCAGUACAUUUCCUCAAGGGAGCGAUGCUAUUUGGUAAGCGGCUAGAAGUAAACUACUCGAAGCAUCCAAAUAUAACACCAGGCACAGACUCGCAUGAUUAUGUAAACUCGAACCUGAACCGCUUCAACCGCAAUGCUGCAAAGAACUACCGCUAUUGCUGCUCCCCUACCAGGAUGAUUCACUUGUCGACUCUUCCGCAAGACGUGACAGAGGAAGAAGUGGUGAACCAUGUCCAAGAGCACGGGGCGAUACUGAACACAAAAGUGUUUGAGAUGAACGGGAAAAAGCAAGCACUGGUGCAGUUUGAGAACGAGGAGGAAGCUGCGGAAGCACUGGUUUGCAAGCACGCGACCUCUUUAGGCGGAUCAAUUAUCAGAAUCUCCUUCUCUCAGCUACAGACGAUUUAAAGUUGACGAAAGGCCUCUCCCUCUUCUUUGUCUCCUCUAAUAACAUUUGGGUAUGGUGAGGAUUAUGAAUGUGUGUUUGUUUAACUCAAACAUUUCUGCUUCUUGUUUGGACUUUACUGCAUUCUUCUUUUUUUCACUUUGUUGGUUCCUGGAUUAAGUUUGUUUGUGUUGAUUUAAUGGUAAAAACAUUUGAUGGUUUUUU